UGUCAACUGUCAUAUUUGUAUAGCGAAACAUGGGAAGCAUGAGCUCCCGGGUAGCCCGAUAACCGGGGAUUGACCUAAUCUUAAAAUAGAAUUAAAAAUUAUGAAAACAUUGUUAUUAACAUUAAGAAUAGUGAAGUAUUAUUUCCAAAAAUUACUACCGUUGCACCGACUAUAGCCGAUUUAACACACUAACAAGAACCAUUUCAUACCUACAUCAUGGGAAAUCGCAGCAAAAUGCACCAGUAUUCUAAGAAUUUCAGGAAUAUGUUAACAUGGUCUUACCUGAAAGGAUUAGUGUUCAAUCCAGCUCAGUUACCACUGGUCGCAGUUCUAAUAAUAAUAGCAGAAGUUUUGAUCAACAUGUUGGUUGUGGAGCGAGUGCCUUAUACAGAGAUUGACUGGAAAGCAUACAUGCAAGAGUGCGAAGGAUUCUUAAACGGCACCUUAGACUACAGCAAAUUGCGUGGCGACACUGGACCGUUAGUCUACCCAGCUGGAUUUGUAUAUAUUUAUUCAUUAUUUUACUUUAUAACUAAUCAAGGCGAAAAUAUCAGACUUGCUCAGUACAUAUUUAUAGCCAUAUACAAUUUGCAACUAAUUUUAGUUCUUAGAAUUUAUAUUAAAAGUAGAAAAGUCCCUCCAUAUGUUCUAAUUUUAACCAUAUUGACAUCUUACAGGAUUCAUUCAAUUUAUGUGCUCAGAUUAUUUAAUGAUCCCAUAGCUGUUUUGUUUUUGUACUCAUCAUUAAAUUUAUUUUUGGAUGGUCAUUGGUACUUAGGUAGUAUAUUUUAUAGUUUGGGAGUGUCAAUAAAAAUGAAUAUACUUCUGUAUGCACCUGCUCUACUUUUCUUCUAUUUAGUAAACUUGGGCCUGAGAGGCACCAUCAAGCAUCUAUUUGUUUGUGGUUUAAUUCAAUUGUUGUUAGGCUUACCAUUUUUAUUUGGUAAUCCAACUGCAUACUUAAAAGGUAGCUUUGAUAUUGGUAGAGUUUUUAAUCAUACAUGGACUGUUAAUUAUAGAUUUCUUGACAUAUAUAUUUUUGAAAACAAAUGUUUCCAUCUUUCACUUUUAGCAAUACACAUUGUUUUACUUAUGAUAUUCCUUCCCAUGAGCAUUAAAUACUUCCAAAGCUAUUGUCGUUUGAAAUAUGUACAAAACCAAGUCCAGCCACAAAUUGAUGCCAAAAAUACAGAGUAUGCAAAAAAAAUUAAAGCCAAAAAAGAUGCCAAAGGCAAAGUCAAGAAAAUAGAGGAAAAGGAAGAAAUAACUAAAGACCAACAAGAUUUCCUCAAUGCUUUUGAAUCUAUAUUAAAAAAAUCAUCAACAAAGGGAAACAAAGUAGCAAAAAAAACAGAAGAAAUUAAAGAACAAACUAAUUACAGCAUAAAUUUUGAUAUUUUAUCACAACUGUUCAUUCUCCCAAUGUUUGUUGUCAACUUCAUUGGUGUUGUUUGUGCACGGAGUCUUCACUAUCAGUUCUAUUCCUGGUACUUCCACAGCUUGCCUUACUUAUUGUGGUCUAACAACUUUUCUGUUAUUGUAAGAUUUUUAAUAUUAGCACUUAUUGAAAUGUGUUGGAACACUUAUCCUAGUACAAACUUUACCAGUGCAUUGUUACAUAUCUGUCAUAUUGUUAUAUUGGUUGGAGUUUAUAAAAAAAUGAGAACAGAAUUAAAAGUAGCAUCUAAACUAGAAUAAAAUCUAAUUGACAGUUUACCUGUCAUAAUGUUAUCAUGAUAAGAAGUAAGUAAAAUAACAAUGUGUGUAUGUUUUCCAUGGUGUUUAUAGUGUUGUAAUAAAAUUUUGACCUGUAUAA